AUGUUUGUCUUCAUGAUUUGGUUCAGUUUAAGAAAAGUUGAAGCUUGUCUCCACCAGCAAGUGUUUCGACAAUAUCUGAAUCCAAAUCAUCUGAAGCUUCUUGUGGUUUCAACAUCCAGCGUAGAUGAUGAAGAUCUUGGGAGCAGUUGUGUUAAGAGAGUAAAGCAAGCAAAUGGAAUCAAAAUUCAAGUUGAUUUUCUGAAUUUCGAAGCGUUGAGGCCAUCGGACUUAGCGGUGGUUGCGGCGAACACCGGCGAAGAAACAACUUGGUAUCCCUGUGCAACACGUAGCUGACACGUGGAUGGGCAGAUGGCUCCACCCUUCACAUGCAACCACACACACUCACGGGACCGAGCUCGAGCUUCCCAAAACCUUUAAAUACUUAAAUUUUGAGUAGUAUUAGAGCAUCAAAAAUGGCAAGAGAUUCACAUAAGUUCUUCCCAAUAUAAACUAUUGUUUGAGCCAAUGAAAUGCUAUCAAAUGUGAUAUGAGUCUCUGUCCUAUUGUAAAGUCUCUUUACUAAGAGACUCAUUUGACUCUCUUUCAUACCUUUUCAUUAUUUUACAUAUUUGGUUCUUGGGAGAUCUUUUGAGAGACCCAAAAUGCAGAUGUUCUUAGAUUUUUGCAUGUUUGGUUUUGUAAUAUAACCUACUUCAUCGUACUUGAAAAGUUCUACUGUAGCUAAUGACUCUGUUCUAAUUA